AUGUCGAGACGUAACUUCUCCACAACUGUCUGCAAACUGGCAGGUCAGAACCUUACAGAGAAGAUUGUACAGAGAUAUGCGGUUGGUUUGCCAAAGGGCAAAAUCGUCAAAUCUGGAGAUUAUGUCUCUAUCAAACCGGCACACUGUAUGUCACAUGACAACUCAUGGCCAGUGGCUCUCAAAUUCAAAGGUUUGGGAUACAAGAACGUCAAGGAUAACAGACAGAUCGUCAACACUCUAGAUCAUGACGUUCAGAACAAGAGUGAAAAGAACCUGGAGAAGUACCACAACAUUGAAAACUUUGCAAAGGAACAAGGUAUCGAUUUUUACCCAGCAGGACGUGGUAUUGGUCAUCAGAUCAUGAUUGAAGAAGGAUAUGCAUUCCCAUUAAACUUGACGGUUGCGUCAGAUUCCCACUCAAACACUUAUGGUGGUAUUGGUGCAUUGGGUACCCCAAUCGUCAGAACAGAUGCUGCUUCAAUCUGGGCAACUGGCCAAACGUGGUGGCAGAUCCCACCAGUGGCUAAGGUCGAGUUGAAAGGUAGAUUGCCAAAGGGAGUUUCUGGUAAGGAUGUUAUCGUUGCACUCUGUGGUGCUUUCAACAACGAUGAAGUGCUGAACCAUGCAAUUGAAUUCACAGGUGAUCAUUUGGAUGAGUUGUCCAUUGACUACAGAUUGACUAUCGCCAACAUGACCACCGAAUGGGGUGCUCUUUCUGGUGUUUUCCCAGUGGAUGAAACUCUCAUCAACUGGUACAAGGAGAGAUUGCAAGUCUUACCACAACCACACCCAAGAGUUAACGAACAGACUGUGCAAAACUUGAUUGAUAACAGUGUAUCUGCAGACUCAGAUGCUUAUUACGCUAAGCACUUGACUUUGGAUCUGUCCUCUCUGUCUCCAUACGUCUCUGGCCCAAACUCUGUCAAGAUUUCAACCUCCUUGGCCGAUCUCUCCAAACAGAACUUGAAAAUCAACAAGGCUUAUCUCGUGUCUUGUACUAACUCUCGUCUCUCUGAUAUCAAAGCUGCUGCUGAGGUCAUUAAAGGUCACAAAGUUGCUCCAGGCGUGGAGUUCUACAUUGCAGCUGCUUCGUCCAAUGUUCAAAAGGAUGCUGAACACGAUGGUGCCUGGAAUGCCUUGUUAGAAGCUGGUGCUAUUCCAUUACCAGCAGGUUGUGGUCCAUGUAUCGGAUUGGGUGCUGGUUUGUUGAAAGAAGGUGAGAUUGGUAUCUCUGCUACAAACAGAAAUUUCAAGGGUAGAAUGGGUUCUAAGGAUGCCUUGGCUUACUUGGCCUCACCGGAACUUGUUGCUGCUUCUGCGGUGUUGGGUAAGAUUGGUGGUCCUGAGGAGAUUGGUGGUGGUCCAGUUCACGGGGCUCAUGGUAUUGUGAAGUCCAUUGAUAUCCCAGAGAAGCCAGUAUCUGAUGAGAGUGUCUCUAGUGGAGAGACUGCAGGCGUUGAGGUGUUGGAAGGUUUCCCAAGAUCCAUUGAAGGUGAGUUGGUUCUCUGUGAUGCUGAUAACAUCAACACCGAUGGUAUUUAUCCUGGUAAGUACACAUACCAGGAUGACGUUCCAAGAGAGAAGAUGGCUCAAGUUUGUAUGGAGAACUACGACUCUGAGUUCGGUGCAAAGACCAAAGCUGGUGAUAUUAUCGUCUCCGGUUACAACUUUGGUACCGGUUCCUCCAGAGAGCAGGCUGCGACUGCCAUCUUGGCUAGAGACAUGAAACUCGUUGUUGCUGGUUCUUUUGGUAACAUAUUUUCAAGAAACUCCAUCAACAACGCACUGCUUACCUUGGAGAUUCCAGAUUUGAUCAACACCUUGAGGGAGAAGUACAAAGACGCACCAAAGGAACUCACCAGAAGAACCGGAUGGUUCCUCAAAUGGGACGUUACCAGUGCUACUGUUACCGUCAGAGACGGUCCAGAAGGUGACAUUGUACUUCAACAGAAGGUUGGAGAGUUGGGUACGAACUUACAAGAGAUCAUUAUCAAGGGUGGAUUAGAAGGAUGGGUUAGGGCCCAGUUGAACGAGUAA